CACUUUGUCUGAUCGGCUGAUCUUGCAACUGAUUUACUUAUCAGUCCUUUGUGGCUUCACCAUAGAUAACAGCCAAGAGUUUGUGAUUGAAUCAUAAAUGAUGUUAGUCCUGAUCCGGCCUAAUGCAUCCUGAAUCAUGGAUUUUGGGCAGCUAAUAUGGCAAUGGGCAUAGCAGGAUCUAUCAGCCUUGAUACAAUCAUGCUGGAAUUCAUACUGGUUCAGCCAGAGCAACAUGUAUGAUUUAGCAAUGAUACUUGUCAGACUGUAUUAAUUCUGUAAUCAGGCUUGAUUCAUUGAUUUUGGGCAGUGUCUUGUAUCAUACAUGCAUGACCUACAAUCUACAAAUUCAGAUGAGCCACACCCAUAAGAUACGCAUACGCCCAUAGCUGUGAGCCAUUAGGCUACUGCUUGAUAUGGAAGGUGUCGUUUUAUUCGAUUACUCCACAGAGCAGGACGAUGAACUGAGCCUUAAUGUUGGGGAUAUAGUGACUGAUGUGACAGUGAUAGAGGAGGGUUGGUGUGAGGGAACACUUAAUGGCAUUAGAGGGGUGUUUCCCGACAAUUUUGUGAAGCUAAAGCCGAAAGUAGAGGCAGUAGAUACUUCUAAUUUAAGAACUGAAUUGGCAGGCAAUACUUGUAAGCGAAGAGCUAAGGUUGCAUACAGUUACACAGCAGAGAACCCUGAUGAACUGAACCUGCCCCUCGGGAGCACUGUAGAAGUACUGGGGGAGGAGGAGGAAGGAUGGUGGAGAGGGAAGCUUGAUGGGAGAGAAGGCGUGUUCCCGUCUAAUUUUGUUCAGCUAAUAGAAGAGGCUGAGGAAAAAGAUUCUUCUCCUGUUUUUUCUAGUAUAACACCUAAACCAGCUGAGAAGGCAAGGCCCCCUUCAAUGAUAGCAAUGCCAGGGCUAGGUGGUAUCAAUCCGAACAAGCUCAGACAAAAACUUACACCAGUUUCACCUGCAAUAGGACCAUCACUAAGUGAGGUAACAGCCCCUGCUUCUAUUCUUAAGCCAGCCCUAGGCCCUCCAGCACCAACAGUAAAAAAGUCACAGCCACAAAAGGCUAAAGUGAUGUUCUCUUACCAUGCUGAUCAGGAUGAUGAAGUGUCUGUAACAAAAGGUGACACUGUUGAUAUUAUCAGUACAGAAACUGAUCAAGAUGGCUGGUGGAAGAUCAGAGCUGGUGGUAAGGUUGGACUGGUGCCUGAUAAUUUCUUGUCAGCAAUAGCAAGCAGUGACUAUAAACCAGUGAAGAGGAGGCUCCACUCUACAGUAAGAGUAGGAGAUUACUUAUAUAUGUGGGGUGGGGACCAGCCUGAUCUCCCUAAAGUACAUGCACAAUAAUGAUAAGAAGAAAGCACUGUCAUCAUUAAUGGAGGUAUACCAUUUACCUACUAGUAGAUGGGAGCAGAAACCCACCACUGGUAAUCCUCCACUGGGUAUCUUAGGCUAUGUAUCUGCUGCCAUUGGAAAUGAGAUAUUUUAUU